AUGAAUAUAUUUGAUAUUUAAUCAUUAAGAUCAUAUUACCACUCCAAAACUAAUUAACCAUGCCGCAAAAGAACUUAUAAGUUAGGAAGCUAGUAUAAAGUUUACUCUUUUUCAAGAACAUAUUCUAAAUUGAAACCAAGUUAAUCUUUUAGUGAGAAGAUACCAGUUAUCUCUGACGAAAAAGCUUUAAAUUAGAGUUGUUAAUGUAAUGAAUGUGGAGGUAAAAUUUAAAAGAGAUUACUCCAGAAAUAAGAUAACAAUCAAAUUCAUCUAGAUUAGACUAUUAAAGUCAAAUAUUUAGAAUUGGAUAAAAGUCCUAAAAAUAUGGAAACUCAACUACGUUCAAGUGGAAAUCCUUCUAUGUAAAUUUAAUUCAUUUAUAUUUAAGACAUACACCUGUAAAUGUCAGUAAAGGACGAAUAAAAUAUAAACAAAUCAAUCAUAUUCUUUAAAUGGUACAUGUAAAAAGUGUAUUAUCAAAAUUAGUAAAUUCUCAAACAAUCAAAUAAUAGUAAUAACAACUUUUUUAAUCAUCUCCAUAGAUUAUCUCUGAAUUUACUUAGUAGAUAUAAGCUUAAAAACCCUCUCUAUAAAAAGAUAGACAAAGCCCUUUCAUUGGAUUAAGAUUAAAAACAGAACCAAUUAUGCAACAAUAAUAAUAUCGACUAUCUAUUGAUACCAAAAAGUUUUAUUAUCCAAGAGUUUCUAGAAUAAGUUAAAUUGGAGCUUCUAAUCUUCUUAAUUCAUCCUCAGGAAUUGAUAAGAAACCUAUGAAUAAAUUAGUUGCUCUUACAAGUAGAUAUAAAUCUCCAGAUAAUCAUAAAAUAAGAACAUUAUCUUAAAGAAUUCAAGGUAUUUAUUUCCAAAAAUCUGAUUUAAAACUCAAAGACAUUGUAAAGAGACAAAAUUGA